AUGGCGGAAGAGCACAAAUGCCAAGCGCCGGAGGGACACCGCCUAUGCGCCAACAACUGCGGCUUUUUCGGAAGUCCGGCCACCAUGAAUCUCUGCUCCAAAUGCUACAGAGAUUUCUGCCUCAAGGAGCAACAACAGGCCUCGAUCAAAUCCACCGUCGAAAACUCUCUCUCCGCAUCUUCUUCUUCCGCUUCCUCUUCCUCUCCUUCUCUCUCCUCUUCCUUGAAAAUGGCGAUCGAGCCUCUUUCUCUCUCUUCUCCUCCGCCGCCGCCGGGGGCGAUUUUACCUCGGAGCGCACAGGACGGCAUCGUGUCGUAG